GGAAGUGCCGAGGGCUCCGCACCGCCCGCAAGCUCCGCAGCCACCGCCGCGACCAGAAGUGGCACGACAAGCAGUACAAGAAGGCCCACCUGGGCACGGCGCUGAAGGCCAACCCCUUCGGCGGCGCCUCCCACGCCAAGGGCAUCGUGCUGGAGAAAGUUGGAGUUGAAGCUAAACAGCCUAACUCUGCCAUCAGGAAAUGCGUCAGAGUCCAGCUGAUCAAGAACGGCAAGAAGAUAACAGCUUUUGUUCCCAACGAUGGCUGCUUGAACUUCAUCGAGGAAAACGAUGAAGUCCUGGUUGCUGGCUUUGGUCGGAAGGGUCACGCUGUUGGUGACAUUCCUGGAGUUCGCUUCAAGGUUGUCAAAGUGGCCAACGUUUCUCUGCUGGCUUUGUACAAGGGCAAGAAGGAGAGACCAAGAUCAUAAAUUUAGAUUAAUUUGCUGAGAAUGUCAAUAAAAUUUUUGAUUGGAAAAA